UUUCUAAGAUAAGAGGUAGAUACAUAGUCAACCUUUCUGUCAUAGCUAGUUGCAGAGAAUAUGUGCACCAAAUAAAGCCAGCCAUCUUUUUUGCUAACAAAAAGGUAAAAAGGAAACAAAUCCAAGAAACCCCUCUUCCCUCUUUAGUAUAUUUUUCAUGAUCUAUAUUUUCAGUUGUUCAAGAUUACAGAUGAACCAAGAAAAAAAGUAUUUCUUGAUAGCAUCAUUAAACCUUUGUGUUUUGUCCUUAAUUCUGCAAAUAGAUAAAUGUUUUGCUGUUGAUUCACAGUUUGUAGCAUGUGAGCCUAUAAAUUGUAAAUAUGGUCCAAAAAUAAGGUUUCCAUUUUAUAUUCAAGAUGAGCAAGAAGCUUAUUGUGGGUACCCUGGAUUUGGGCUAAAUUGUAGUGAACAAGGUUUUCCUGUUGUAAAUAUUGCUGGAAAUGAGUAUAUAGUUGAAGAUAUUUCAUAUCAAGAUCAUAUUUUUAAGCUGAAAAAUUCAGUCUUUAACAGUACUAUAAGCAAUGGUUGUGUUUCUGAGAUCAAGAAUGUGUCACUCGAUAAUCGCUCUUUUAAGUUUGUUAAUAUAUCAAGAAUUUACUUGUUGUCAAAGUGUAAUGAAUCUCUACUGGAGCCAUUUUUGAAGUACAAGAUUGGUUGUGGUGAAGAACUUGCUAUGUUUGAUAAGGAUGAAAGCUUUGAGUUUGCAUUACAAGUGUGUAAAAAUCAUGUAAUGGUACCAGUAGAGAUGCUUGGAAAUGAGGGAAAUAAUCAAAAUAUUGACUAUCAAGUGAUACUGAGAAGGGGAUUUAGAUUGAGCUGGACAGCUAGUAAUUGCAGUGAAUGUGCAGAAAGCGGAGGACGUUGCGGAUUUGAUAUACCAAAUUUUCAAUUCAAAUGUUUCUGCCCUGACAGGCCUCAUUCAGCUAGCUGCAAACCUACCAAUCACUAUUUUUCUAUACUACCUCCUCCAACGAUUUGUCUGACAUUACCUCAUUUUACAGGGAUAAAUAAAUUGCGAUUGAUUCUUGGCUCAGUUUUAGGUGGAGCAGUGUUAAUAAUCCUCGUGGUCGCUUUGAUUGUUUGUUGUUACAAGAAAGAACACAAAAGUUGUUUAUACUUCACCUCGAAAAAUAAAUCUUCUGAUCCUUCCUUAACACAUGACUUCGAUGGAGAUAGUAUUUACCACGGAGUCUCGGUCUUCUCCUAUGCGGAACUUGAAGAAGCUACUAGUAACUUUGAUUCGUCCAAUGAACUAGGAGAUGGAGGUUUUGGUGCUGUUUACUAUGGUAAACUUAAGGACGGGAGAGAAGUUGCAGUGAAGCGACUUUACGAGCACAACUGCAAGAGAAUGGAGCAGUUUAAAAACGAAAUCGAAAUUCUCACUCGCCUAAGGCACCGAAAUCUUGUUACCCUUUAUGGUUGCACGUCAAAGCACAGCCGUGAACUCCUCCUUGUUUAUGAAUACGUUCCAAAUGGAACAGUGGCGGAUCACCUGAACGGGGAUAGAGCCAAGGACGGAUUCCUUGCUUGGCCCGUCCGCAUGAAUAUUGCUAUAGAAACCGCUAGUGCAUUGGCUUAUCUCCAUGCUUCUGACAUAAUACAUCGCGAUGUAAAGACUAGCAACAUACUCCUCGAUGGAAAUUGUUGUGUCAAAGUUGCGGAUUUCGGGCUUUCAAGACUUUUUCCGAAUGAUGCUACUCACGUCUCGACUGCUCCUCAGGGGACAGCUGGCUAUGUUGAUCCGGAAUAUCAUGAAUGUUACCAGCUCACUGAUAAAAGUGAUGUUUAUAGUUUCGGUGUUGUCCUUGUAGAACUUAUCUCAUCAAUGCCAGCUGUCGAUAUUACUAGGCGUCGAUCGGAGAUCAAUUUGGCCAACUUGGCGAUAAACAGGAUUCAAAGAUGCGCAUUCGAUGAGUUGAUCGAUCCGUGUUUGGGAUUUAAAUCGGAUGCACAAGUUAUGAGAAUGACUACUUCAGUAGCAGAGUUAGCAUUUCGAUGCUUGCAGCUUGAGACGGACUUGAGACCUACAAUGGAUGAAGUAUUAGAGACACUAAAACAUAUUCAAGGCGCCUAUACGGAUCACACCAAAGAUGAGAAGACGAAGGACGAAAUUGUCGAAAAGGCUCCUACUUCUCCUAAAUCAGAUAAAGUAGUUUUGUUAAACAAAAUGCAAUUGCCACCUUCACCUAUUUCUGUAACUGAGAGGUGGGUUAGUAGCUGCGGCAGUAGUAAUAUUAGCGGGUGAAAUUCUUACACGUUUUUUCUUUCCUUUCAACGUACAUAUUAUUAAUAUGUAUUCAUUCAUAUGUAAAGGAAUAAGUUGCUGAGACC